AUGUCAUGUGAAGCUAAACAUGAUACAAUAUCUACACAUUUUCAAUCAAUUUGUCAAUCUGGUAUUAGAGAAGAUAAUAGUAAUUAUAUACAUUGUGCAAGAAAACAAUUACAAAUUAUACCCGAUUUUUCACGUAUAAAUACAUUUUAUGAUGAACUUGUUUUAAAUGAUAAUUUAAUUCAACAUAUUCCUGUAAAUGCAUUUUCAGGAUUACGUGUUAAACGUCUCUCUUUACAAGGAAAUAAAAUUCAAUCAAUUGAAUCACAAGCAUUUAUUGAAUUAGCAAAUUAUCUUGAAGAAUUAGUUAUUGAAUUUGAUCAACAAUAUAUGCCUAUUAAUAAAAUACCAGAUGCUAUAUUAAAAAAUUUAUAUAAUAUUCGUUCAUUAAUAUUAACUGGACUUAAUCUUCAUACAUUAUCAAAUGAUACAUUUCAAUAUUUUAAAAAAUUAGAAAAAUUUUCAUGUAUAAAAUGUAAUUUAGUCACAAUUGAUGAUAUGACAUUUGAUUCAAAUAAAAUAAUAUCAAUAACAUUAAAAGAACUUCAUUUAGAUAAUAAUAAAUUAUCAGAUUUAAAUUGGUCAAAAAUUUGUAAAAAUUUAAAAAAUUUAGAAAUAUUAACAUUAAGUCAAAAUCAUUUUCAAACAUUAACAAAUAAUUUAUUAACAAAUCUUACACAAUUAAAAUUAUUUGAUUUAUCUUAUAAUGGUUUACAAACAAUUGAUACAAAUAUAUUUAUAAAUCAAAGUUUAACAUUAGAAAAAUUAUAUUUACAAAAUAAUGAAUUAAAUUCAUUACAAUUAACAUUUUUAUUUAAUUUAUAUAAAUUAACGGAUAUUAAUAUUGAAUUUAAUCGUAUUACAUUUUUACCUGAACAAAUAUUUCAAUAUAAUAAACAAUUACUCUAUUUAUCAUUACAAGGAAAUGAUUUAACAAAAUUAUCAAAUCAAUCAUUUUUAGGUUUAUCAAAUUUAAAAUAUUUAAAUCUUGCUCGAAAUCGUAUUCAAUUAAAUAUUAGUGAUCAUCCAUUUCAAUAUUUAAAUAAAUUACAAAUAUUAAAUUUAGAUCGUAAUAGUCCAUUAAAAAUUUAUAAUUCAACAUUUUAUGGUCUUGAACAAUCACUUAUUGAAUUAAGUUUACAAAAUUGUAAUUUAACAUUAAUAUUUUCUGAUGGAUUUAAUUAUUUUGAAAAAUUAGAACGUUUAAAAUUAGCAUCAAAUAAUUUAAAAAGUUUACCAUAUAAUUUUUUAAAAUUAUCAAAAAAUUUAACAUCACUUGAUUUACAACGUAAUCAAUUUCAAAUAAUACCAAAAUUAUUUUAUUUAACACAAUUACAUGAUUUAGAUUUAAGUACAAAUCGUUUAUGUACAAUAAAUGAAGAAAAUAUUAUACCAAUUUAUCCACAAUUAAAAACAAUUGGUUUAACAGGAAAUCCACUUCAUUGUAAUUGUAAAUUAAAAUGGUUAAUAAUAUGGUUAGAUAAAAAUUAUGAUCGUGAUUUAAUAAAAUUUUUACAAUGGAUAUGUAUAACACCAAAAAAAUUAAAUAAUAAACCAUUAACAUCAUUAACAAUUGAUGAUUUAAUUUGUAAUGAUGAUGAUGAACAAAAUAUGUGUGAAAAUAAUAAAGAUAAUCUUAUUUUAACUACAAAUACAAUAGAUACAAAUAGAAUAACAGAGAUAUCAACAACAAUGAUAAUGAAAACAAAAAUAAAAAUAUUAUCAUCUAAUCAAAAUGUCAAUAUGAUAAAAUCAAAUCAAUUAAUCAUAAAUGUUGAAUAUGAUAAUAUAAAUAAUAUAUUUAUCACAUGGAAUUUAAUAACAGAUGAAUCAAUAAAAUAUUAUCAUUUACAAAUUUAUGAUGAAGAUGAAAAUUUAAUUAAACAAAUGCAAAAAUUAUUGAAAAAUUAUCAAUAUAAAUUUGAUAUAUCAUCUUUAUCAAUAUUAAAAUAUAAAAUUUGUAUUAAUAUUAUUUAUAUAGAUAGAGAAGAUAAAUAUUGUCGUAAUUAUAUUUUAAAAAAUUUAACAACAAUAAAAACACAUGAAAAAAAUUUACAAUUAAUUAAAAAUGAAUAUUCAUCUUCUAUACAAUAUAUAUUUUUAUUUGCUGGAGCAUUAUUAGGUGCUGUUUUAGUUUGUCUUAUUGUAUUUAUUAUUUGUUUUAUACGAAUUCGUCAUAAACAAUCAAAAAUCACAAGACAAACAUGUUUAUAUCAUGAAUCAUCAAAUAGAAGUUCAAGUAGUUCGAAUAGUUCAAGUAAUAAAAGUGAUCAACAACAAAAAAUUUCUAUACCAGAUAAAAGUUUAAUUGCAUUAUAUGAUGAAUAUCAACCGCCUAUAUUUUAUCAUCCAUUACAUUUACAAUCACAACAAGAACAAAAAAAAACAAAUCAUCAACAUUAUCAUGAUCAUUGUUCAAUACAUUGUAAUAAUGUUAAACAUCAUCAAAAUAGAAAUAAUAGUUCAGAUAUAAGUGAAUGUUCAUUACAUUUAACAGAUACAAGUCAUUUAAAUAGUGUUGGUACUUCUACACCAUUAUCAUCAUCAUAUCAUAUUUAUCAACAAAUUCCGUCUGUUCAUAAUUUAAACGGAUUUAUUAAUUCAUCUUCUUGUCAUUUACAUGGAACUCUAACACCAACAUCAAAAUUUUGUCCUCAUCCUUUAAAUAGUCUUAUUUAA